AUGUGGUCCCAGAGGAAACCAACCUACACGAAUGUCAAUGUGGUUACAGGAACUAACCUCACUGAAAUUCUAUGUGGUCCCAGAGGAACCAACCAACACGAAUGUCAAUGUGGUUACAGAGGAACUAACUCACUGAAGUUCUAUGUGGUCCCAGGAACCAACCUCCCGAAAGUCAAUGUGGUUCAGAGGAACCAACUAACCUCUGAAGUUCUAUGGUCCCAGAGGAACCAACCUCCACGAAAGUCAAUGUGGUUACAGAGACAACCAACCUCCCCUGAACCAACCUCACUGAAGUUCUAUGUGGUCCCAGAGGAACCAACCUACACGAAAGUCAAUGUGGUUACAGAGGAACCAACCACUGAAAUUCUAUGUGGUCCCAGAGGAACCAACCUACACGAAAGUCAAUGUGGUUACAGAGCAACCUCACUGAAGUUCUAUGUGGUCCCAGAGGAACCAAUCCACACGAAAGUCAAUGUGGUUACAGAAGAACUAACCUCACUGAGUUCUAUGUGGUCCCAGAGGAACCAACCUACACGAAAGUCAAUGUGGUUACAGAGGAACUAA